CCGCGGCUGCUCCGCCUGCGUUCCGCGUCGCGGCCGCCCGUCCCGCCCCUCGCCCGGGCGCCAUGGCCGCUGCGGCCGGGGACGGCGCGAUGAAGCCGCUGCAGAGCGCCAUGAAGCUGGCCAACGGGGCGAUCGAGCUGGACACCGGCAACCGGCCCCGGGAGGCGUACACGGAAUACCUGAGAAGCAUCCACUACAUCUCGCAGGUGCUGCUGGAAGAAAUAGAGACGACCGGGGAAGCUGGGGGCACCAUGCCCCCCGACACCUCAAAGAUGCUGAAGCUGGCUGAGCAGUGUCUGGAGCGGGCCCAGUCGACAGCAGCCAAGCUUGGCAAGCCGUCCCUGAAGCCAGCCCCACCUGUGGCUACGCCCAGCCCCUGUGCUCCCAGCCGACACCGCCGUGUGUGCUCAGAUGAAGGAGGGAAGCUGUUUCCCUUCCUGCCCCCCGAAAUCUUCCAGAGACUCCAGGCGGUUGAGGUGCACAGCUCUAAGAAGGAGCUGACGCCGCUGGAGGAGGCCUCCCUGCAGAACCAGAAGCUCAAGGCUGCAUAUGAGGCCCGAAUGGCACGGCUAGACCCCAGCCAGGCCACACAGAAGACAUCGCUGACCCUGUCUUUGCAGCGGCAGAUGAUGGAGAACCUGGUGAUUGCCAAGGCACGGGAGGAGACACUCCAGAGGAAGAUGCAGGAACGCCGCCUUCGACUCCAGGAGGCCGCCAACAGGAGGUUCUGUAGCCAGGUAGCCCAGACACCAGAGGAGCGGGAGCAGCGGGCCCUCUUUGCUGCCAUCCUUGAGUAUGAGCAAGACCACGACUGGCCGAAGCAGUGGAGAGCCAAGCUCAAGAGGAGCCCAGGGGACUUGUCACUAGUGACCAGUCUGGUCUCCCACCUGCUCAGCCUCCCUGACCAUCCCAUCUCGCAGCUCCUGAAGAGGCUCCAGUGCGCCGUGUAUAGCACGCUGUACCCCGUCGUGAGCAGGGCUGCUGCCGGCGCCACACCCACCCCAGGCUGCUGCUCUCUGCCCCCAGACACGGACGGGCUCCUGGCUCCCGGGAGCCGACGGCUGCGGGCGUCACAGAGCCUCUACUGCAUGCUAUCCCCUGCAGAGCCCAGCACAGCCCCAAGGCCCCAGGACGGCCCCCCCGCCACUCCUCCCAUACCCCCACUCCAUCCUGGCCCCCCAGACAGGGAGGCAGACAUCAGCCCUGCGGGGCCCCCCUCACCUUCCCCGGAUGCCUCCUCCCGCCUGCCGGACAAGGACGGCUCCUUCGAGGACCUGGAGCAGUUCUUGGCCACACCUGAGAGAUGGGGCCCAAGCCCUGCUGGGCAGCCUGAGCCACGGCCCGCAGCAGGGAAAAGAGAGCCCCUGGCAGAACGGCUGCAGAGCACUGUGAAGGACAUCCACAAUGCCAUCGACAGGUUGCUAUCCCUGACCCUGCUGGCCUUCGAGAGCCUGAAUACAGCUGCCUGCAGGGACCGCUGCCUGGCGUGCCUGGAAGAGCCCUUCUUCUCCCCACUCUGGCCCCUGCUCCUGGCCCUCUACAGGAGUGUGCACCGUGGCCGGGAGGAGGCACUGGGCAGGAGCAUGGAGCUGUACAGGAACGCACCACCCACAGCCAUUGGCAUCCCCACCAAACUCCUGCCCAGGGACCCCCAGGCCAAGGGGGCUACUGCCUACCCCUACAGUACAGCAACCCAGGAGCUAGGGCUGCUGGUCUUGGAGAGCUGCCCCCAGAAGAAGCUGGAGUGCAUUGUGCGGGCUCUGCGGGCCAUCUGUGUUUGUGCCGAAGACUACUGCCGUGCCCAGGAGGCCACUCCAGACACCACACCGCAGCCCCCAGCCUCUGCUGCCAUUGGUGCUGAUGACCUGCUGCCCAUCUUGUCCUUCGUGGUGUUGAGGAGUGGGCUCCCACAGCUGGUGUCCGAGUGUGCGGCCCUGGAGGAAUUCAUCCACGAGGGGUACUUGAUCGGCGAGGAGGGUUACUGCCUAACCUCCCUGCAGAGUGCCCUGAGCUACGUGGAGCUGCUGCCCCAGGGCACCCAGCCUCAGUGCUCCUGAGGACUGUCAGGGAGCUCCCGCUGGCCUGGACACCUGGUGCUGGGGCAGGGCAGCAUGGUGGGCCCUCUGGUUCCAGCCCUCUGCCUCUCCUUGCAUCAGCCCCAGAGGUCUGGGGUGGUGCCUCUUCAUUCAACAAGAUGGGGACAUAGCAGUUCCCAGCAGAACACGGGUUCUGUGAGGCGGCCCGGGGCUGCCAUCUCCCUGGGGCCUGCAGUGGUGGGUGAGCAUCUGGCUGGGCCUGGGCCCUGUGAAUGUCAGGAAGGCUCUGGUUUGUACCACCUACCAUGCCACCCUUGGGAAGUACAUGCCUAUAGGCAAUUUCCAUUGGAGUCAGGGUGCAGAGCCUGCCACACUAUGCUGCUUCUUGACUGGGCAGUGGCUGCCCAGCUCACCUACACUGGCCUGGGCCUGGGGUUCCUGAGCCGCAUCCCCACCCUAGGCCUAGGAUAUUCUCUGCCCUGACUCGCCCUGGCAGUGAGCAGUACACACUACGAUACUCCUGGCCAACUCCUGCCCUCAGCUGAGCCCCGGGCUCAGCAGCGCCUUGCUGUUCACAUCCACGUGACUGCCGGUUCAGCCUAACACAAAUAAAAAGGUACUACUGUC